AUGUCAGGGAAAUCAUCAUCAGAGAGCUCAUUGAGGACACGUUCAAAUGCUUCAUACUCAUCUCGGCAUUCUAAAUGCUCAUCAGCCAGCAGAGUAGCUGCUGCACAAGCACGAGCAGAAGCCGAAGCAGCCAAAGCUGAAGCAGCCUUUGCAGAAAAAGAAAGCCAAUUGAAACUACAAAGAGCUGAAGUAGAAGCUACAUCACAAUUACAGAAAAUACGCUUGGAAGCGUCGCUGGAUAAGCUGCGUAUUGAAAAAAAGGCGGCAGCUGCAACAGCAAAAGCAGAGAUUUUGGAGGCAGCAAUAAUUCAAGAUGGUGAACGUGAUACUCAGAGCCAAUUGAACGUUCCAGCUGAUGAUGACCCAACAACACGCACAAGGGAAUAUGUAAUGACUCAGUGUACAAACACAUCACCUCCUAUCGCCUCUCAGCCCGGAAUAUUCACUGCAGGAAACAACUUACCUCCUCAACAGGAUUAUAUUCCAACACAAAACUCAGUCAAUCGAAAGGAUAUUAAAGAACCUCUCAUGUUCCAGGCAAAGUUUAUCAGAGACUCAAUCCCCAAAAUGGAACCAAGUCCUCGUUACACUGAGCAGCAGCCAAUAUAUGAUUAUAGUGGGUUUGCCCCAAAUAGGAUGUUUUGUCACACACCACACAGUGCCACCCACAACCAAAAUGAGACACGGCAACCCCAGAUUGAUGAAAAUCAAGGUGUUUCUGACCUCGUUAGAUUCAUCGCUCGUCGAGAACUUGUGUCUACAGGACUCACGCAGUUUAACGACCACCCUGAAUGUUAUAGAGCCUGGAGAGCAUCCUUCAUAAAUGUGAUUAAAGGACUCAACCUCUCGACAAGUGAGGAGCUCGAUCUUCUUGUGAAGUGGUUGGGAAAAGAAUCAUCUGAGCACGCCAAGCGGAUAAGAACUGUGCACGUGAAUCAUCCUGAACGUGGUCUUAAAGCAGUGUGGGACCGGCUAAAUGAGUAUUACGGGGCACCAGAGGUCGUUGAAAGCUCAUUGUUCAGAAGACUGGAAAGUUUUCCCAAAAUACAAAGUAAAGAGGUGAAAAAACUAAGAGAACUUGGAGAUCUAUUGAUGGAGAUUCAAGCUGCUAAAGAAGAUGGAGACUUAGUCGGCCUAAGUUACCUCGACACACCUCGCGGUGUUAAUCCUGUGAUACAGAAACUGCCAUUCUACCUGCAGGAGAGAUGGUUAACAUUAGGGUUCAAGUACAAAGAAGAGUACGAUGUCCCUUAUCCACCAUUCAGCUUCUUUGUGGACUUUGUGUGUCAACAAGCCAAAAUGCGAAAUGACCCUGGCUUCACACUCACAGCCCUGAGUAAUGAAACUCCUUCCUAUCAAAGACAAAUGAACAGACAUGAUGGCCAAAGAGCUGUUGCUGUGCUUAAGACAAGAGUUUCGGCUGAAUCAUCACCGAGCCCCUACAGUGCGUCACCUAUGUUUGUUAAAAGCUCUGGAGCAUACAAGUCGACUAUAACAGAGGAUCCAGCCAAACAAUGCCCACUGCACAAUAAGCCCCACCCUCUACCAAAAUGUCGUGGGCUUAGAGAGAAACCAAUUGAAGAAAGAAAAGGAUUCUUAAAGCAACAAGGGAUUUGCUAUAAGUGCUGCAAGGCUGUACACCUCGCAAAGAACUGUACAGAGGAAAUCCACUGCACAGAGUGUGGAAGCAUGACACAUGUUUCUCUACUGCAUCCCGGCCCUGCACCAUGGUCGCACCAACCACAAACCCCUGGUUCAGAGAAUGGCGGGGAGAGAGACAGUGAUCAAAGGGAGCCUGCAGUUUCAACCACGUGCACCGAGGUCUGUGGAAAGGACACUUCAGGACGCUCCUGCUCUAAAAUAUCCCUCGUAAAGGUGUAUCCAGCUGGUCAUCCUGAGGCUGCAGUCAAAAUGUACACUAUAUUGGAUGAUCAAAGCAACAGAUCACUUGCACGUUCAGAGUUCUUCGAUCUAUUUCACAUUUCAAGCUGUCCCACUCCAUACUCUCUGAAGACGUGCGCAGGGACAGUGGAAACAGAAGGCAGACAAGUGUGCGGAUUUAUUGUGGAGUCCAUGGACGGCACUGUUGCACUCUCUUUACCAACAUUGAUUGAAUGCAAUGAGAUACCAGAUAACCGCUCAGAAAUACCAACGCCCGAUGUUGCAUUAAAUCACGCCCACCUGAGACACAUUGCAAAGCAUAUUCCUUCGCUCGAUCCACAAGCACAAAUUAUGCUCUUAUUAGGAAGAGACAUCAUCAGAGCUCACAAGGUCCGAAGACAGAUCAACGGCCCACACGAUGCACCCUACGCCCAAAAGUUGGAUCUGGGAUGGGUGAUUGUCGGCAAUGUUUGUAUGGGAGAUGCUCACAAACCAACUUUGGUUAGCUCUUACUACACAAACAUACUGAGAAAUGGAAGGCCCUCUAUCUUCCAGCCAUGCCCCAAUGGUUUCAUCGUGAAAGAGAGAUAUGGAAAAGAGGAGUCCACACCACGUCCCCUUUCGCACACUCUUUUCAACGAGGCACGUGAUAUCAUGGACAGUGAUGUGUUUCAGACCACAAAAGAAGAUGACACAGAGGCCCCUUCGAUCGAGGACAUGCUGUUCAUGAAUGUUAUGGACAAAGAAGUUUACAUGGAUGAAGGGAACAGCUGGGUAGCACCUCUCCCCUUCAGAGCUCAGCGGUCACGUCUCCCUGAUAACCGCACACAGGCAUUCGAACGCCUCUUGUCACUGCAACGGUCCUUCAGGAGGAAACCUGAAAUGAAGGAACAAUUCAUCUCAUUUAUGAAAAACAUCUUUCAGAACGGACAUGCUGAGAAGGCUCCGCCACUGCAACCUGAUGAAGAGCAUUGGUACUUGCCCUGCUUUGGCGUUUAUCACCCAAAAAAGCCCUCUCAGAUAAGGGUCGUCUUUGACUCUAGCGCGCAGCACAAAGGUGUGUCACUGAACCAAGUAUUGUUGACAGGUCCAGACCUCAACAACACUCUGAUAGGGGUCCUUCUUCGGUUCCGGAAAGAGCCAAUCGCCUUCACUGUGGACAUUCAGCAAAUGUUUCAUUGUUUCCUGGUAUGCCCUCAGGAUCGGAACUUUCUCAGGUUCCUUUGGUUUCAAGACAAUGACCCCGACAAAGAGAUUGUGGAGUUCCGAAUGAAUGUUCAUGUCUUCGGUAAUAGCCCCUCCCCUGCAGUGGCUAUUUACUGCCUCAGGCGUGCAGCAGAGGAAGGCAAGGAUGAGUAUGGAGAGGAUGCAAGGCAGUUUGUGGUCCGUGACUUCUACGUGGAUGACGGGCUGAAAUCUCUUCCAACACCAGAGGCAGCCAUCAGCUUACUCAAGAGGACACAGGACAUGUUGGCUUGUUCUAACCUUCGACUACACAAGCUGGCUUCAAACAGUAAGGAUGUGAUGGAUGCUUUUCCAUGUGAAGACCGUGCCACUGACUUGAAGGAUCUCGACCUUGCCUCUGAAAGUCUGCCCAUGCAACGCAGCCUUGGGUUACACUGGGACUUAAACUCAGACAGUUUCACUUAUCAUGUCCAAAGUGAGAGGAAACCAUUUACUCGUAGAGGAGUUCUGUCAACAGUGAACUCUCUCUAUGAUCCUCUUGGAUUUGUGUCUCCUGUGACAAUUCAAGGGAAAUCACUUCUUCGAGAGCUGACCACAGACACAUCAGAAUGGGAUGCCCCCCUGCCUGUGGAGAAGGAGAAGUUGUGGGACAACUGGAGAGAUUCUCUGCAUGAGCUACAGAACUUAAACAUCCCUCGGCCUUACACGUCUGUAUCAUUAUCUGCAGCAAAGCACACAGAGCUCUGCGUCUUCUCAGAUGCUUCAGAGAAAGGAAUAGCUGCGGUCGCCUAUUUGAGAACCAUGGAUGAGGAAGGAAAGGUCCAUGUUGGUUUGGUCUCAAGCAAAGCCAAGCUCGCGCCACGCCCAGAGCACACCAUCCCAAGGUUGGAACUAUGUGCAGCAGUUAUGGCAGUGAAUCUCGCAGAGGUAAUCAUCUCUGAAAUUGACAUCACAUUUGAUGCAGUCAACUACUACACCGACAGCAAGAUUGUGCUUGGCUAUCUCUACAAUGAGAAAAGAAGAUUCUACGUCUACGUCAGUAACCGUGUUCAGAGAAUCCGACGGAGCACAUCACCAAGUCAGUGGCGCUAUGUGCAUACUGACCACAAUCCAGCAGACAUCGCAACACGUGCAAUUGCAGCAAAUCAUCUGAGAGAAACAAUAUGGUUCACUGGACCAAAAUUCUUGUCACACCCAGAAGAAAUGAUGCCGGCUCCAGAAACAUUUGAGAUGCUGGAGCCAGGACUAGACCCUGAAAUCCGUCCUUUCGUGACUACGCUCUUAACCACAGCGCUCGAACACCUUGGGUCUCAGCGUUUCACUUGCUUCUCACGCUGGCGUUCCCUCGUGAGAGCAGUUGGAGCCCUAAUUCAUGUUGUGCAAUGUUUUAAAGACAGGAAGGACAAGGUCAGCAGUUCAUGCAAAGGAUGGCACCACUGUCACCUCCCACCAACCGUCGAGGUACUUAGACAAAGUACAUCAGUCAUCAUCAAGACUGUGCAACAUGAAGCGUAUGACAAGGAGUUUAAGUGCCUGGCAUCAGAAACCAACAUUCCCAAGACCAGUCCACUUUGGUCUCUGGAUCCUUUCAUCGACACAGAUGGAUUGUUGAGAGUUGGAGGCCGUCUUUCUGAAGCAGAUUUGGGACCCGAUGAAAAGAGACCGUUCAUCUUACCCGGACGCCACCACGUGGCCUCUCUCUUGGUGCAUCACUUUCAUGAGCAAACACAGCAUCAGGGACGUCACUUCACCGAGGGGGCCAUCCGAUCAGCUGGAUUUUGGAUUGUUGGAUGGAAGAGAUGUGUGAGCAAGUUGAUAUUCGAAUGUGUCACUUGUCGAAAACUCAGAGGAAAGUGUGAGGUUCAAAAGAUGUCAAAUCUUCCCCAGGACAGACUCAGCAUGGAACCACCCUUCACGAACGUUGGCAUGGAUGUGUUUGGACCCUGGUCCGUGUCAGCACGACGCACAAGAGGAGGCCAUGCUGAGAGUAAACGAUGGGCAGUCAUUUUCACCUGCUUAUGCAUCAGAGCUAUUCACAUUGAAGUUAUCGAGUCUCUCGACUCCUCAAGCUUCAUAAAUGCAUUCAGAAGAUUUCUGGCGAUCCGAGGACCUGUGAAGCAGAUACGGUCUGACAGGGGGACUAAUUUCAUCGGAGCCUCCAAAGACUUGGGAAUCCCCUCGAAUGUGGACGAAAGGCCAGUCGAACAAUUCCUUUCCGAACGUGGAUGUGUCUGGACUUUCAACACCCCACACUCAUCUCACAUGGGGGGUGUAUGGGAGAGGAUGAUUGGCAUCACACGGCGCAUUCUGGAUUCUAUGCUACUUCAAAUGGUGUCUUCCAAGCUGACACAUGAAGUGUUGACGACCUUUCUAGCAGAGGUUACUGCUAUCGUGAACAACCGCCCUCUGGUACCUGUCUCUACAGAUCCUACGGAUCCCUUCGUUCUCACGCCUGCUUCACUGCUGAACCAGAAAACAGGCCCUUGCCCUGCUCCUAUUGGAGACUUUGGGGACAAAGACUUACUCAAGCAGCAAUGGCGCAGAGUCCAAAGUUUGUCCAACACAUUCUGGCAAAGAUGGCGCCAGCAGUAUCUCUCAACGCUGCAGACUCGCAGAAAAUGGAUAUCCGACCAACCAAGUCUGAAGAAAGGAAGUGUGGUGCUUCUCAGAGAUGAUCAAUGCAAGAGGAACGACUGGCCCCUUGGCAUUAUCACAGAUGUGUACCCUAGCAAGGAUGGAAGGGUGCGGAAAGUACAAGUGAAAGUCAUCAAAAAGAAUGGACCGAACUUCUACAUUAGACCUGUCAACCAGAUGGUUUUGUUGAUUCGUCCGGAUAACUGAAAAUUAUGUGUUUUAGUUGUCGUGUCAAGUAGUGAAACCUCCAGGUUUCAGACGGGGAGUGUUCUGUUAUCACUGUGUAUUUUAAGACAGUUGAAUGGUUAAAUGUGGGAAAACUUGUUGAAAAGAAGUCCGUUGCUGCCACCUACUGGCGACUGUGAGAGCUGCCUGAGGAUGUGUCGUUCUUUGAUGAUGUCAUCAGUGAGAGCCCUCAGCUGAAUCAAGGCAUGGUCAGAGCUGCUGCAUUUUGUUCUGCUCAUGAUAAAGUGGGUCUUUAACGGCAUUGUCGUUUUACCCGACUCCAUAUGACCUCAAUAAAGAGCGUACAAGUUUCAA